AGUACAAUUACAAAAAGUAGACUCAGCGUCUAUCCUUCAAUCCUUCUUGCUUAGUCUGGCUCUGGUUCAGUCUUGCUAAUAGGUCUGUUCUUUUUAGCUGAACUGACUGCACUAAUUCACAGUUUAUCUUCUUCCCUUCACGAUGAAAGAAGAAAGAUAAACUCUGAACUAAUGCAGCUAGUUCAGCUAAAAAGAACAGGCCCAAUGAAAAUGAUAAGUUGCUUGAGAAACAUAACCUCUAUUUACUAUUUACAGCUCGUGUGAGAUAUUAAGCGAUUUUCAGCGAAUAAUAAGAAGCUAAAUCGAGCGAAAGUGUGAAAUGUUUCUAAUUAUUGGAUAACCAUGGCAGAUAUCACUUUGACAAGCGAACAAGCGAAGUUUGUAGAGGAAUGCGAGGAGGAGUUCAAGAAUCGUUACACGGAGAACGACAGUGACUUUAUGAAGAUUAAGGCACAGGAACCGAAGAAGCCGCCAAUCGUGGAUCCUUGGUACAACAAGCCACGUAGAAACGAUUGGUCGCAUCAGAACCAAAAUCAAAAUCACAAUAGGCGUAAUCACCAUUGGGAUCGUCGUAACAAUGAGAGAAAUGAGAAGUUGGAACGGCACGCGGGUAGACACUUCAUGCAUCACCGACAAAGGAUGUAUUAAUCUAUAGUAAUACGGAUACAAGUACAAGAACUUGAAUAAGAACUUGAAUGGGAAUUUUCUCCAAUUUGUGUAUAUUGUUUCAUUCUUAGGUGUUACAUAUAAAAGAUUUGUAUGUAUAUGUAGCACUUGUUUAUACAUUUUUAUUAUAUAUAGAGUAAUCAUAGUAUUCGCUUGCAAUUAUCAAAUAAUCAUAUUUGCUUUUUUUCAUUAAUAAGUGACAUACAUAAAGUGCUUAUUUAGUCUAUCAAUGUUUUAAUAAUAAAUAAUAAUUUUGCAUUCACAAAUUCUAAUAUUAUAUCAAUGGAAUCAAUUAUAAUUUAUUUUGUUUCUUACUGAAAUUGUAAAAUCACAAGAGCAUAUUUUACACAAUAAAAUUAUGACAUUUGUUUGUAUAUAAAUGUAUAAGAUCAAUGGAAAAGUUUCAAAUCGUGCAACACACAUUGAUCUCACAAUAUAAUAGAAAAGAUUUUAUUUAUAUUUACAAAAUUAAUGAGUUGAAGGACAUGACAAAUAUCUGUUAACAUGAGACACGACUUAUCAUGACAAGAAAUAUUAAUUAAAAUAUUCAGAAUAAAUAUGCAAUUUUUAACA